CCCUAAAUUCCCUCCUAUUCCCUAUUGUGUAAUCUCUAAUUAAAGAAGAAUGAAGAAAGACUGAUAUUCAUCGCCAUUCGUCUCACAGAGUCACAGGCUCGCAGCUCACACCUCACAUCCUCAGUAGCUCGCUGCCUCACUGCCGCACGAUCCAUCACUGGAGUUUUAGUUGUCAUUCAUAUAUUGGAAGAAAUGGGAGUGCAGUUAGCUGCUGAGCAGGAUGUCAUGCCAGAGGUUGAGAAUGUUGACCUUUCUGAUUCAGAGCUGGUCUAUCAUGUCAGGGAUGCCCUUAAAUCUGCUAUACAGGGUGAUUUGGACAAUUAUUCCCAGCUUGUUGGAGUUAUAAACCGUGAUCAAUACCUAUUACCUGAGGAGGUCGCCUUACUUGUGACAUGUUUAAAGGCUUUGUCAGGAGCUGUCUCUUGUAUAGACAUUGUUCAUCAUCAAUCUCUUCUUUCUUCUAUAUUAAGAAUGAGCAUGUGGAACUAUGGGACUGAUGUGAUGGAUGCUCUGAUGGAACUAAUUGUAUCCUUGGCUGCAUCAAGUGGGCAGUACAUUGAUUUAUGCUUGGAAAUGCUCGUGAGUAAUUUUAUGCCUCCAUAUACCUUCCUGCAAUUACUGAAUCAGCCAAGGGGUCUGACAAGAAAGGGCCAAGUUCUUGAUCGUGUGCAUUCAAAAUUGAAAGACAUUGCUGAUUUAGUACCUCUCUCUCCUUUGAGACUUGAGAAAAUAAUUAAGGAGAGAAUGCCUAACAUAUUUACCAAGGAAGCUUUGAUUGUUAUGUAUGUGGAGAACAUGCUAAAAUUGGAGAGUAGCCCCUUAGGUGAACUUGUUGGGAGCACAAUGCUUGUGGCAAUUAUGGAUAGGCUUGUAGAUUUGGAUGUGGAUAUUUCAUGGGAUGCUAUUUUGCAAGAUGAUUUAACUAAAGGAAUUUUUGACAUUGAGCUAGAAGAUCUAGAAGGUCCCAUAGAUGAUGGUCAGCAAGAGAGUUUUGACUUUGAGAUUCAAAGGGACAUGUGGAUACACAGAUUUUUUGGAGACAGUGCCAGUGCUCAAAAGUUGGAUAGUUUGAUGGUGCUCAUAUUUGAAUACUUCAUAUCUUGCAAUGAGAGUGGCCGCCUUGGUCGAGUAUUUGACACACUUCUUCUGUCCUUCGAAAAAACUGUUUUGACAGCAUACAAGUCCAAAUUUGCCCAGUUUGUUAUGUUCUAUGCUUGUUCACUUGAUCCUGAGAACUGUGGUAAGAGGUUUGCGAACAUGCUCAUUCAUAUAUUUGAGACAAGUGUUCAUCUUGAAUGGAGAAUGAGUGCGGUUGCUUACCUUGCCAGUUAUCUGGCUCGUGCAAGGUUUAUGGACAUGCCAUUUGUUGCUGACUGUUUGGAAAGAUUGGUGAAUUGGUGUUAUAAUUAUUGCAAAAGUAAGACUGGCGAAAUUAAUCCAAAUCCCAGAGCUCACAAGGAUUUCUAUGCUGGAUGCCAGGCCAUAAUGUACAUAAUUUGCUUCCGGAGGGGAUCCAUUCAUAGUUUAUUCCGUAUUAAAUCUCAUCUCCUGCGCAUGCGUAUAGAGGAUAUCCUGAGGCAUUCACUUAGUCCAUUGAUGGUUUGCUUACCAUCAAUAGUAGAAGAAUUCCUUAGGGUGGCAGAAACCACAUGUUUAUUUAGUUUCCCAGACAACAGUGCCCCUAUUGGUAGUGGUGUAUUUGAGUCGGAACUUUCAAUGGCAUUUGGUGGGAAUCAGGGGCUUGAUUCGUUCUUCCCAUUCGACCCUUGUUUGCUAAAGAAAUCUGACAGGUUUAUCAGGCCAAACUUCAUAUACUGGUCCAUGGUUAGAAAUACUUAUGAUGAGGUUGAGGAUGACGAAUGCACUAGUGAUGAAGAUGACGUCGAAGUUUGCAUUCCCGGGAAUGGCAUGGACAUAGUUGAUGGAGCUCCCCGGAGUUCUCAGGGCGACGUAGGGGAUCUUGACGAAUUUGAUUACAACCUGAACAAGAUGUCUAUAACUCCAAAAAGUACAUUACUUAAACGCUUUGGAGGUGAACAAGCUGGUUUGCAGAUGCCAUCGAGAAUCCGACCUUGUCCUGAAUCUUUGUGAUGGACCAUAAUCGCUUUUAUCCUGCAGCUGAAGAUACCAAAACAUGAGAAUCACAUAUUCACCUGUUCUUCAGUUUGCUAGAUUCAUAUGCCGGAAGAAAUUUGUGUUGUGAGUAGGUAAUUGUAAAAUCUAUAGUGUAAUAGGAGCUUCAAUCUUAUAGUCUCAAUUUUGUGGUGUAGGGAAUUCUUCUGCUCCAUGUAUUCUGGGCUACCUAUAUUUUCAUGUAACCUUGGUUUUGGUGAGUAAUGUUACAUAUAAUGCUACUUCAAAAAAAUUACGGAAUAA